UACUACCUUUGAUUCACUCGUCAAUGGCCAAAAUAGAGUCUUGGUUUACAUCUUUCAUGUUAGGAGCCGUGUGUGGUUUCUUCCCAACUUCCUUGUUGUUAUUGAUAACUUCCAAUAUGUUAGACAAGCGCGUGCUCCACGACCUGAGGUUCGAACAAGCAAACUCAGAUCCACAUAAAGAGCAACGUCAAUACUCACCUCUACACCAAUACAAUCAGAAAGGUGAAGAAGUAGCCUUUGAGAUGGCCAAGAAAGUACGUAUCCUCUGCUGGGUUGCGACAGUGCCAGAGAAUCACAAGACAAAAGCUGUGCAUAUCAGGGAUACUUGGGGCAAGAGAUGUAACAUCCUGCUCUUCAUGAGUUCCAAGAAUGACAGUUCCCUACCAUCCAUUGCUAUCACUACAAAAGAAGGGAGAGAAUAUCUCUUUGAUAAGACCAAAGCAGCGAUGGAGUAUGUCUAUAAGUUCUACAUGGAGUCAAUUGAUUGGGUUCUUAAGGCGGAUGACGAUACAUUUGUUGUUGUGGAGAAUUUGAGAUAUAUCUUGGCAAAGCACGACCCUUCGAAAGCCCUAUACCUGGGCUGCAGAUUCAAACCCUUUGCCACUCAAGGAUUUAUGAGUGGUGGAGCAGGGUAUGUAAUAAGUAGAGCUGCAUUGAGGAAGUUUGUUCAAGAAGCGAUUCCAAACAAAGAUAAAUGUCUUCAAAGCGGAAGUGGUGCUGGAGAAGAUGUUCAGAUGGGAAUAUGCUUGAUGAAUGUGAACGUUGCGAUCGUUGACAGUCGGGACGAUAAGGGAAGAGGACGUUUCUUUCCUUACAGUCCCGAGUUCCAUUUGUUCCCUGUCCACUCUCAACCAUACGAAUGGUACUGGGAGUACCAGUACUACCCGGAUCACGAGGGCCUGGACUGCUGCUCCAGUACUGCCGUCUCCUUCCACUACAUAUCACCGCAUCAGCUGCGUGUCCUUGAUUAUUUGGUAUACACACUGCGGCCUCAUGGUACUUCGUUAUACUAUCGUAACUCUUCCAUUGUCAUUCAUAUUUGAUGUUUAUAAAUGCACACAUAUCAACGAGUAUUUUGUUAUUUCUGUGUAUCCCACAAUACGAAUGUGCUAUUGAAAUAAACAUGACAAAUUGUGUCAGCGUA